AUACGGAGUUAUUCACCUCAUUCAGCAUUAACUUUUUUACAUCGUUUAAUGAUUUACUCUGAGGCGGUCGGUACCCUAGGCUUGGGGUUUUUCUUCUCCGGCGGCAACAUUCCGUUGUCCGGCUCGGUGUUUUGGCAGCUUCGGACUGAAUCCGAAGAGAUUAGGGGCGCAGUUCCGCACCGCAGCGCAAUCGGGUCUAAUUCUUGGGCUUCGGUAAACCAAAAGGAAGUGAUACAGGGCGAUUGCAGAAGUUUCGAUCCAGCACUCUGUCUCGCAACCAAAGCAAGCGUCUCUCUGGUAGUAGGGAAAUUCCAUGAGCAUACUCAGUUGGAAUUGCAGGGGGCUGGGCAAUGCAGCGACGGUCCAAAGUGUGGUGGAUAUUGUGCAGCAACACAGGCCGUCAAUACUCUUCUUGAUGGAGACGAAGGUGCGAUGUCAGCGGGCGAAGGAGGUCAUCCGAGCACAAGGUUUCAUACACAGUUGUGGAGCAGACAGUGCUGGACAGAGCGGGGGCUUGGUACUGGGAUGGACCGAUGAUAUUGAUAUCUCUGUGUUCGAUAUUCAGCCAACUUUUAUUGAUGCUAUGGUCAAGUUAACACCUGCUGAAAUUCCUUGGAGACUUACUUGCUACUACGGAUUCCCGGAGACUGUCAGAAAGCGAGAGGCCUGGGCACUUCUCCGAGACUUAGCAGACCGACAACAGGGUCCUUGGAUGGUGAUUGGGGACUUUAAUGAUAUUCUUUAUGAUUCGGAGAAGAAAGGCAGAAUCCAACAGCCACGAUGGAGGCUUCGGGGUUUUCAGGAAUGCGUUCUGGCCUGUGGUUUGCGUGACUUCCCGUUCUCGGGGUACCAAUGGACGUGGGGAAAAAGUUUAGGGAUGGCUUAUUGGGUGGAGGCAAAGCUUGACCGUAUAAUGGUCAAUGAUGAAUGGUGGAACAGGUUCAUGGCAGCUCAAGCUUCCUCGGUGGAAGCUCCUGUAAGUGAUAAUAUGGCCCUAAGCAUGUCUAUUAUGCCUACUAUUCAUGGGAGGAAGAAAAAGUCUUUCAAGUUUGAAAAUAAAUGGCUAAAAGAAGAGGAGUGUAGGACUGUGGUAGCUAGUAGUUGGUGCGCGGGAACCCACUUGACUGUACCCGAAAAAAUAUACUUUUGUGGCAAUGAACUACUCCGGUGGGAUGCUUGUAAGAAGAGGGGUUUCCGGCACCAAAUAAUAGCGUGUAAACGUAGAAUUGCCUGGCUUCGAGGGAGAGUGGACAGGAAUAGCAUAGCGGAAUUUCUUAGACAGAGAGCUACCCUUUAUGCUCUUAUGGAAAAGGAGAAUGAGUAUUGGAGACAGAGAGCUAAAGAGUUCUGGCUGAAGGAAGGAGAUAUCAACUCUAGAUACUUCCAUAAUGCGGUUAAACAGAGAAGGAGGAGGAAUAAAAUUGUGGGACUCAAGGCAGUAGGAGGGGAGUGGAUCACCGACCGCAAGAAAGUUGGGGAUAUGGUAACAGAUUAUUUUCUCACUAUUUUCCAGGCCCAACAAGGGGAGGAAAUACUCAGGGAAGUGGAUUUCAGGAAGCAAGUGAAGCCUAGUCAGAACACUAUAUUGCUUCGCCCUAUUAGCCCGGAAGAGGUGAAACGAGCAGUGUUUGAUAUGCAUCCCGAUAAGGCACCAGGGUCGGACGGAAUGAACCCGGCAUUUUUUCAAGCUUACUGGGAUAUUGUAGGACCGGAGGUGGCGCAACUGGUUUCAGGUAUUUUCGAAUCUGGCUCUUUGCCUAAGGAAUUAAAUGUUACAAACCUGGUUUUAAUUCCUAAUAAAGACAAGCCAGAAAAUAUGGGUGAUUGGAGGCCGAUAGCGCUGUGCAAUGUGGUUUACAAAAUUUUUUCAAAGGUUCUGGCAAACAGGCUUAAGCGUAUUCUUAAUGAUCUGGUGGAUGACAACCAAAGUGCCUUUAUUCCGGGACGAUCUAUCAUCAAUAAUGUGGUGGUGGCCUUCGAAACACAUCACUAUCUGAAACGUAAGAGUUCUGGUAAAGAGGGUUAUGUUGCUAUGAAAUUAGACAUGAGUAAAGCAUAUGACAGAGUCAGUUGGAGAUUUCUGGAGGCUUGAUAUGCACUAAUUAGUAGUGCACAAGUGUAUGUUUUUUACGUAUGAUUUGUGUGGUUUGUUUACCGUUUUAUUUAGUUUGUAAACAUUUGUGUGAUUUUAGUUGUAAUUGUAUUUUAAUCUUCAUUUGUAAGUUGUAAAGUAGAGUUAGGAAUUAGGGUGUUGAAAAGGAGG